GUGAAAGGAGGUGUCUUCUGGGGUGAUGGCAGAGGAGCCUUCGUCGUUGAUCUGGGCAGGCGCUGCUGUUUUCCUUCUGACGGCCGUCUCCAUCAACCUCCUGCCUCACCUCUCACAGCAAGACGGUAAGGAUCUCACCAACCAGAGGUGCAAGCAGGUCGACCGGGUGCUGAUCUAUGUUUCUGUGCAACAGGCGGCUCCCCCGACACCCAUCCUCCCUCGAACGACACACGGCCUUCCCAUCGCAGAACGGAUCUGGGCGUGGAUCUGACAGGUCAGAGAAGACGGGAGCACACACACGCACACAGAGCACAGCACUUGGAUGGCCAGGCAGCACGAGAGAGAUGGCUGUCCAUCUUCCAAUUCUGUUCAUUGCGUGUUUGCAAUAUUAAUUGGCGUCGUCUCCUGGCUGUUGGUGUCUGUGUGUGCUGCCGUCAGGUCUUCUGCGAGACUCAGUGCCGCGAUGCAAGGUGUAUCAUGUGUUCGAGCCAGGCAGCAGCAGAUGGAUUGCCACGGCUGCCAACAGGGCUAGCGGCUGCUCCAUGAUGUGCCCACUCCACUACCACUGCAAUGUCAGUGACUUUGCUGGCCCGUUUGCGGAUGGAAACGAGUGGCCCUACUAUGCUGUGGAUGACUGUCACUUCGCCGCUUCGCUGACAUCUCUCCGAUGCGGCGCAUUCAGCCUCUUCCGGCCUCGAUUCAGGUGAAAGGCCCGUCGAUUGUGAGGGGCGUCUCGCCCAUUGGUGGUGUUCUCUUGUGUUGGUCCGUGUCUGCCUGUCAGCCCUGAUUGGAAGCAGCCGACCUACUGGAGUGCGGGCUCGUCCAGCUGGACCCCAAGGACAGAUGUCGUCCCUGAGGUGUUUGCUGGCCAUGCCUUGCUGCCAAUCGACCCACAGCUGAUCGACGUGGGUACUCUUUCUGGCUUGGUUGACACCUACGGCCGUCUUCUGGAGCUCAUCCGAGACCACUCGGGCUCCUCUCGAGGCUUCCUCAUCGGUGUCCCCUCUGCUUUUGUCGGGCUCUUCAACACCAACUCGGCUCUGCACCCUCUACAGACGGGCUUCAAGGCGACGUUCGCCCGCUUGUGGCAACAGGCGUACGGCGAGCCGCCUCCGAGGCAAGUAGAUGAUGUCCUGAAACGGCUGACCAAGGAGUGGCUUGCAGUGGCAAAAGACCUCUUCUUGUUGUACACCAAGGGCGGCAUGAGCGACGUCAACAAAGCCCUCGUCCCAGCUGCCAAGCUGUCCUGGUGGAAGCAGCAGGCGUCCCAGCGGCACCGUCAGAUCGCCCUGCUCUUCCGUCUGUUCUUUCGGUCGGACCUCACUCAGCUUGACCCGGUGCUCCCUCCCUGGCCAAAGCGCGUCGGCACCGCUCAUCGCAUCACGACCGCCUCGCGGGCUCUGAUCGAGACCGCCUACCGGAAGGGCAUGGCCGUCUCCUGGCCGGCAUUCGCCUCCACCUCACUUUGCGAAGAUGUUACGAGGGAAUUUGAUGGCGGCUUCGAAGAAGAGGAGACGACGGUCGGUUUCGAAGUCUUUCACGGGGUGGAUUUCGAGUCAGGAGAGGGCGGCUUCACGUUCAACGUGCCGUGGGGGCUGGUGCACAAGAACGUCUUCUUCUCCAUCCUCCUCCUCCGGUGUCACGAGCCGGAGAGUGCGUAUACGUACGUGCCGCGACUGGUGCAGGGCGUCUCAACCUACGGAGAGGAGGAAGAGGUCCUCCUGCCGCCCCUCUUCCCCUUGACUGUCGUGCGUAUUGGGAAGGCGCCAGGUGAUGCCGCCUGGUCCGUGUCUUUCUUUUGUUGACAUUGAUGGUUUGUGGCUGCAGGUGGAAAGUCAGGUUACACGUACGACAUCGGCCUGGGGACCAACUGCAGCGCAGCAACAAGCAGUGAGCAGAGAAGAGACGGAUGAGAUGGCAGUGGUUACCGAUUUUUACUCUACUUUGUUUGUAUCCGUGUUUGUAGGUGUCUCUAAGCGUGUUGAGGUCAGACAAGCCCGUCAACGUGACCCAUGCAUCCCUCAGCGUCGAGCUGGCCGGCGGCGAGCUGCUGAGAAUGAUCGACCGCUUCGCUGCCGUCCCCGUACGCAACUCCACCGUGCUCACGACGGCAAGAGACCACCAGUCAUCAGUCACAAUACAGGUACGUCUGUCUGGUUGGCCGAUGCAUUGGUAUCGGUGUGUUUCGUGUCUGUGUGUGUAUCAGGUGUAUGAGGGCGAGUAUUCUAAGGGCAGCAACAACACGCUGGCUGGCGUGCUCGUGCUCUCAGACAUCGAGCCGCAGCCGGCGGGGAGGCCGCAAAUCACUGUAAGCGGGAAGGAGCGAAGAACUUACACCGGGAGAAGCGACCGCCACACAUGGUGUGACUGCAUGUGCCCGUAGGUGUCGCUUGGCAUCGACAGUGGUGGCACGCUGACGGUGUCUGCUGAAGAGAUGGGCACGGUCAACCGGAGGGACAUCAUGAUCGCCAGAGAGGAUCACCCGAUGGUCGUCAAGGUCGACACAAACGGCAAGAAGGCGCCUGUCGGCAUCAGGAGCUGGCAGAGCUUCGGCAACAUAUUGGACACCUACCACACCAAAAUGGGCCUCUCCCCAAGAACAUACACGUGGGCACAAUGAGGGAGGGAUGGGUGACGUACCGACAGUCAGAGAGAGAGAGCCGAGGUCGCGUAUCUAUUCGUCCCGCCCUUCCUUCUGUGCUUGUUGUCAGAUUCAUGUUCAACGGCCGCCGCAUUCGGAGACGCGACACUCCUUACCUGCUGGGUGUGAGGGACGGCGACAUCAUUGAAGCACGGCCAUUCCAGGACACGCUGAUCGGCCCAAGAAAUCGCCUCUCAUUGGCGACGACAACCGACAUCGGCCUGCGGUUGAUAGGCGAGAAGGUGACGGUCGUUCCCAGAGGCACUUCCCUUCCAGCGACCAAGACCUACUUGACCAUAACCUCAAGAGACGGCCAGACAGCAAGCCGUUUUGACGUGAGAGAGGUUUCCUGUGCGGGGCUCUUUGUUCGUAUUCCUGUAAAGUGCGUGUGUUUUGUGCAGCCGUUCGAGGGCUACUACGAUACGUACUACGACCGGCAACGGGAGAGGUUCACUCUCACAGGCCUCACACCGGCACCGAAGGGCACUACUCAAGUCGCGGUAGACAGACAGCUGCUGGGUCCAUGGAUGCAUCCGUCCAUUCACGUGUGUGCGUGGGGUGGCACCUUGUUUGUGCAAUGCAUGCAGGUGACAUUCCAAAUCGAUCACAAUGGUGCCAUCACUGUGUCGGCUGAGGAGAAGGGGACGGAUAACCGCGCCAACAUCACCAUGCCUAAGCUCGCCAUGACAAAGCCCGCCCCCUUAAACCUCAAGGCCAGCGAAAGACACAUAAAAUGCACCAGUGAGACAGUCCCGUCGAGAGUUCGGAUUGCUGCUGUGCAGGUUGUGUGCCAGGACGAGAGCAAGGAGCUCCACCACACUGCAGAGUAAUCGACAUACAUUGCGGCGCUCCUGGCACUUGCUGUGAGCCUGUCUGUCCGCAGAAAAUGGACCAAGCGCAUGAGUUAUUUGAUAUAUGCCUGGCAGAGGGAGUUUCGUUCAAAUCCAAACACAUACAGGUGCCAGUCGGACACACAGCCAGCCAUCAUCUGCCAGAGUUCCCUGUGUGUGACGUCUCACAGGUUUUUCUAUCGCGGAGAGCCCGUGUAUGGUGACGACACGACGGACAGCCUGGGCGUGAUGGACGGAGACAUCAUCGAAGCCGUUCCUGAAGACCGACCAAUACGUAAGCACGGACAGGCAGACGCAGAGACGUGGAUGAAUGUUGUAUUGAUUUUGGUACAGUCCUUGCGGGUCGCUCAUCCGCAUGGCCGGCGAUUGACAGAUUGGGAUAGGAUAGGACUGAACUGUACAGGUCGCAGGUGACAGGUAAUAGGUGACAUGUGAUAUCGGCAGCCGAUAGGUAGCUAGGGAUGUGGCUUAGUAAAUAGGUCGUGCAUGCAUUUAUGCAUUUGUCCUUUGCAGACGGUUUUUGUGUAUGUACAUACUUGUCUGUCUGUCCGUCUGUCUGUAUGUACGUAUGUACGUAUGUAUGUAACUGUUGAUGGAUGGACGGAUGAGCUGUGCGAAAUGGAAAGAGGAGAACGGCGCGAAAUGAUCGACAGAUGGCCGUGUGCGAGUCAAGACGCUCUGUUUGGCCGAUGGAGACACUCACGAAAAGCAGUCGGGAUACAGACAAGACAGACAGACAAGACAGACAAGACAGACAAGACAGACAAAGAGAUUGAAGUCGGAACCCUAGCGGCCGUCUUCCGUUUUCUCUUGCGCAGCCUCGCCUCCCCCGAGAGUACCAUGUGUAGUGGUCAAUGUUGGCGAUCCUAGCCCUGGCCGCACGGGCAACAUUCUGGCAGAGACAUUCGUGUAUGCUGGG